AUGCCUAAAUUUAACUUUUUCCCGAAAGUAAAUUUCUUAGCAUAUAUAAAACGUAUUAAAAUAAAGUAUAACCCAUGUGGGGCAUACAAUGAUAAUUGCAGAAAAUUAAUACAUCAUAUUGAGACGAAGCAGAAAAAGGACAAAUUUCUUAAUUUGGAAUAUAAGUUGGAGUUAAUCGAUUAUAAUGAAGAACCUUUGAUUGAAAUCGAAAUGCUAAACUCGAAAAUCUUCAAGUUUAAUCCCGAAAGCCAUGAUUUGGUAGAAAUUCAAAGAGCAAUAGAUGAGGACCAACAAAAAUUACAUCAUAAUUUCAUGAAAACUAAUUUGUUAGAAAAUAAUGAAGAUAAAUUUUGA